UUUUGGUUUUUGGACGUGGCUGUCAGCAUGUCCUUUCCCAAGGCGCCCCUGAAAAGAUUCAAUGACCCUUCCGGUUGUGCUCCAUCUCCAGGUGCUUAUGAUGUUAACACGUCAGAGCCACCCAAGGGCCCAGUAUCCUUUCAGAAAUCACAAAGAUUCAAAAAACGAAAAGCAGAAUCUCAACAAAACCUUAAUGUUGACAAAGAUACUACCGUCCCUGCCUCAGCCAAGAAAGCUAAGGCUUUGGAGUUAAAGAAGGAACCUCAGAAAAGUGAUAAAGAUUUGAAAAGAUUAGAAAAAGAGAUUCGUGUCCUUGUGCAGGAACGAGGGGCUCAGGACAAGCGAAUCCAGAGUAUGGAAACGGAGUUGGAGAAGAUGGAAGCAAGGUUAAAUGCUGCAGUCAGGGAGAAAACAUCCCUCUCUGCAAGUAAUGCUUCCCUGGAAAAACAGCUUAUGGAAUUAACCAGGACUAACGACCUGCUGAAAUCUAAGUUUUCUGAAGAUGGUAACCAGAAGAACAUGAGGAUUCUAAGCCUGGAAUUAAUGAAACUUAGAAACAAAAGAGAAACAAAAAUGAGGAGUAUGAUGGCCAAACAAGAAAGCAUGGAGAUGAAGCUGCAGGUCACUCAGAGGAAUUUCCAAGAGUCUCAGGGGAAGAUAGCGGAACUUGAGGGGAAACUUGUUUCAAUAGAGAAAGAAAAAAUUGAUGAAAAAUCUGAAACAGAAAAACUGUUAGAAUACAUUGAAGAAAUUAGUUGUGCAUCCGAUCAAGUGGAAAAAUAUAAGCUAGAUAUCACCCACCUAGAAGAAAUGUUGGAAGAGAAGAAUCAAGAAAUUUUAAGCCUUAAACAGUCUCUCGAGGAAAAUGUUGUUAGGUUAUCUACACAAGUAGAAGAACUGAAUGCUAAAUGUCAGCUGCUUGGAACAGAAAAAGAAGACCUUGUCAACAGGAAUAGAGAAAGGGAUGAAAAUCUAAGCGUGGAGAUGCAAAAUUUAAAAGAGGAGCUUAUUCUUGAAAGACAAGAACAUGAAAGGCUGCGACAAAAAGAAUUGGAAACCGAGUCACUUCUCCAUCAAGAGAAGGAAUUAUCUUCUAGUCUUCAGCAGAAGCUAUUUUCUUUCCAAGAGGAAAUGCUUAAAGAAAGGAAUAUCUGUGCAGAAGAAUUAAAGCUGGCCUUGGAGGAACUAGAUACAGUGCAGCACAAGGAGGAGCAGUUGGAAAACCUUGUCAAGCAGUUGGAAGACGAAACCAAAACUACAGCUGAAGCCCUCAGACUUGUAGAACAACAGCUGAAAGAGAAAGAAGCUGAACUGGAGAAGAAUCAUACUGCUCACAUUCAGGCUACCCUGACUUUGCAAGAAAAGUAUAAUAGUACUGUGCAACACCUCGGAGAUGUCACUGCUGCAUUUGAAAGCUAUAAAGCAUUAACGAUUAGUGAGAUCAGCGAUCUUAAGAUGGAGAAUGCAUCACUACAGGAAAAAAUGGCCAAUGCUGAAAAAAGCACAGAGGAUGUUCAGCAUAAAAUGCUGAAAACCGAGAGUGCAAAUCAAGAGUGUGAGAGCCUUGGCAACAUCCAGGCACAGCAUGAUGCUGGUGGAAGCCAACUCCAACAACUGGAUGCCUUUGAAGCAGAGAAACUGUCCUUGUUGAAUGAACAUGGUGCAACUCAGGAACAGCUAAAUAAAAUAAGAGAUUCGUAUGCAGAAUUACUGGGUCAUCAGAAUCUAAAGCAAAAAAUCAAGCAUGUUGUAAAAUUGAAGGAUGAAAACAGCCAACUCAAAUCGGAAGUGUCAAAACUCCGAUCUCAGCUUGCUAAAAAGAAACACAAUGAGAUAAAACUUCAGGAGGAACUGAAUAAAGUCCUGGGUGUCAAGCGCUUUGACCCUUCAAAGGCUUUUCAACACGAAUGUAAAGAGAAUGUUGCCCUCCAAACCCCACUGAAGGAAGGCAAAAAGGGAAUACAUGUGUAGACCUGUUAUCCUCUGGAUUUGCCUUCAUGACCGCGGCUUCCUUCUGAUGGACCAUGAAAAUUUGAUGUUGCCGUCUGGUAUGAAAGAAAGUUUUCAUGAAAUUGAUGUAUACAGUGCCUUUCUAGCUUUCAUAUUCUUCUACAGAUCAGAUCCUUUCUGUCCUUCAGGCCCCACUCAGAUUACGUCCUCCUCUUACCUUGUGUGACUUUGUUUCUCCUACCUUCACCUUGCACCAUAAAGUAUUACCUGUAUAAAACUUUUAUAUUUUAA